AUGAAAGGAUUUGAGUCGUUUGAGGCGUAUCGCGACGCGUUCGCGCAAGCGACGCUUGACAUCGCCGCGCUUCCCGAAGGUAAAAAGUUAACAGGUGCGCGACAAAUCGUGAUCCUGCCAGGGAUCGAACCUGGAAUCUCCGGUUUGCGACUCGAACGGCUCGUUCGACGGAGUGUUGUGUGUGCGUUUCGGCACUCAUGGCUCUAA